GUUAUAUACAAAAUUUAUGUUAAAGUAUGACAUCACCUUGAUGAAUGGUGUAGGGUCAAAGGUCACCUGUCAAAAUGAGUUUGAUGGAAAGUAUGUUCUUAUUCUCUCUAGAGUUAAUUUACAUCUAGAUGGUUAUUAUAGUCUAAAAUAAAAAAAAUAAAUAAAUGAGCCUUACUUUUGCAACAACAAAACUAAAGCUGCAGCAGCUGUAGUAGUACCCCCCUACCACUAUACCUCCACCCCCCGUGUCGGGGCUCCCGCUCGGUGAGGCUAAAGGGCGGAGACACCCGUUUGUAUGCCUUUUUUUUUCCUUUUUCUUUUUUUUCUAAAGGCAGGUCUGUGCUACGCCUCGUACCACGCGGGAACAGGCGCCGCAGCGCCCCGCCACACACACAUAUACAUACACACGCAUGCGCGCGCGCGCAGCUCGUGUCCAGCGGAGCCCGGCACGGAGACGCAGCGCGACCGCUCCUGAAGCACGGACUGCAGAAACUUCUGCCACGGAGGACGCAUCUGAUGACACAGGAUUCAAUCUCUCCUCUGCCUCUCUGUGUGUUUUUUUCCUGCUCUUUUCCCUCCCUUUUCUCCUCCUCCUCUUCUUCCUCCUCCUCUGGUUUCGUGUUACAAAGCCUUGGGAGGGAGUUGCGCGGAGAGCCAGUUAUUCUGUGCGAAAACUGAAUGACAGGAUCAUAUGGUUUGAUGCGCCUCAUCUUUUUUUUUCCCUGUCCAAACAUUUCAAAUCGCAGAGGAGAAACAAGCCGCGCCGCGCGCCUAUUCAUCAGAAAUUGAUGAGGAUGUGGAAUAAUUUAUAACUCCAAUUCCAAAGCGAGAUAACGGAGCGCGGAGGGAGGCAGUGAGCCCGCUGGAUCUGUCGGGAGAGGACGGAGGAGAGCGCAGAGCGCAGGACGCGGCGGCUGGGAUCCAUCCUGCAUGUUGAGGCCGAUGUGACCCUCAUCCGAGUCAAGUGUUGCUGCUCAGCGUUUCACGGAGACGCAGCACGCCAAAGGGGCGCUUAAGAAGAAAGCGCACGGCGGUGCGAGGGAGGAGAAGCAAAACAAGAAGCCUGAAUUCUUUACCAAGUUCUUCCAAUCGACCGAUUGGUUCCUGGUUCCGUCACUGGGUUUGAUACAGGAGAGCUGACAUGGCAGCCGCAGGCGGGAUGAGAGUCCUGCUUCUGGUGCUGCUGCUCGGAUGGGACACGUCAACAGGUCUCAAUUGGAACCCAAUCCCACGAAAGACUGUGAGAUACCACGAUGUGCUGGACAGUAUGGCUCGGUUCAGCAUCCAGGGGGUGUACAACUACAGCAUGCUGACCCUAUCUGACCACGAGAGAGUCCUGUACGUGGGGGCCCGGGAGGCGCUGUUCGCCCUGGACCCCAACAACAUCAGCAGACAGCUGAGGCCGCAGAUCGACUGGCCGGCUCCACAGGAUAAGAAGCGCGAGUGCGUUGCCAAGGGGAAGAACAACCAGACCGAGUGCUUCAACUACAUUCGAUUUCUGCAGAGCUACAACCACACGCACCUCUACACCUGUGGCACCUACGCCUUCCAGCCCAAGUGCACCUAUGUUAACGCCGACUAUUUCACCCUCAGCAUGGCGGCCCUGGAGGACGGGAAGGGCAAGUGUCCGUACGACCCCGCCAAGGGGCACACCGGCCUCAUUGUGGAUAAAGAGAUGUACUCAGCAACACUCAAUAACUUCCUGGGUACCGAACCGGUCAUUCUGAGGAAUCUGGGCCUUCAGCACUACAGCAUGAAGAGCGAGUACUUACCUGCCUGGCUCAAUGAGCCUGAUUUUGUGGGAUCGGCGCUGGUGAGGGAGAGCACGGGCAGCAAGGAUGGAGACGACGACAAGAUCUACUUCUUCUUCAGCGAGCGGGCUCUGGAGCUGGACUGCGACACAGAGCUCACCGUGGCCAGGGUGGCGCGCGUCUGCAAGGGGGAUUUGGGUGGCACCAGAACCCUGCAGAAGAAGUGGACCACCUUCCAGAAAGCCCGGCUGGAGUGCUCCCUCCCAGAGCGCCAUGUUUCCUUCAACAACCUGCGGGCGGUCUUCACGCUCCCCGGGCAAGAUUGGCGAGGAACCACCUUCUACGGCAUCUUCCACGCCCAGUGGGGUGACGUGGACGUGUCGGCUGUGUGCCAGUACCAGAUCAGCGACGUGAAGAAAGUGUUCGAGGGGUCCUACAAGGAGUACAGGGAGACCUCUCAGAGAUGGGGGCGCUACACAGGUCCCGUCCCCACGCCACGGCCCGGAUCGUGUAUUACCAGCGCAGACAGGGAGAACGGCUACAACAGCUCCCUGCAGCUCCCGGACGCCACGCUCAACUUUGCAAAGAAGCACCCGCUGAUGGAGGAUAAAGCUCUGGGUCGCCCCCUGCUGCUGACCAAGGGGGUGAACUUCACAAGGAUAGCAGUGGACCGGGUUAACGCCCUGGACCAGCGGCCGUAUAACAUGCUCUUCAUUGGCACAGAGGAGGGCUGGCUGCAGAGGGUGGUGAUCCUGGGCUCCGAGGCGCACGUGAUCGAGGAGAUCCAGCUGUUCGAGACGGCGCAGCCUGUGGACAGCCUGACCAUCUCCCACUCCAAGAAGUACUUGUACAUCGGCUCGCGCUCUGAGGUCCUGCAGCUGCCCUUGGCCAACUGCAGCCGCUAUCAGUCCCAGCCGGACUGUCUGCUCGCCCGAGACCCCUACUGCGCCUGGGACAACGAGGGGCGAGCCUGCGUCCGCAUCGACCUCCACCGAGGGUCCACUUCCUCCCUCUCACAGGACCUCAUGCUGGAUCGCUUCAGUCGUGGAAAAGCCAAGUUUGAUAAGCCGGUCUCCAUUCCCAGCCCCGAGCACUCCCGCCUCAGGAACGUCACCGUGGUCGUGGGGUCGGACAUGAUGCUGCCGUGCCAGCUGGUGUCGAAUCUGGCACAGCCGUGCUGGGUCCUCAACGACCGCGAGCUCCAGCUGGGCGACUCGGAGGCACGGGGGCCGCGCUUCGACAGAACGCUAAAGGCUCUGGUGAUCCCGGAGGCGGGGCAGAUGCAAGCGGGCCGAUACGUCUGCUACUCUGAGGAGCAGGGGGUCAAGUUCCAGACGGAGCGCUAUCAGGUGGCGGUGGUCGCCAGUGCGCCAGUGUUCAUGGAGGCCCGAGCGCCGGACAGCAGCAUGGGGCUCUUCUGGGUGCUGGUCAUCACGCUGGGAGCGGCGUGCCUGCUGCUCCUGGUGGCGGCUCUCUACCUGCGUAGGAGGCUGAAGCUGGCGCUCGGGAAGGGCGCCGACAUGAAGCCGCUGGAAAGCACCCUGGUCUACCCGAUCACGUUGCCCAAAGACCCGCCCACGUUUGUCCCGAGCAAGAUGCCCACCGAUGAAGACCGGUUCUGGGAGACGGGCGCCAACUACUACUAUUCGGACGGCUCGCUGAAAAUCGUCCCCGGCCACGCCCUGGGCCCCAGCAGCGUCAGCAGCACGGCGUCGCCCAGCGCCAUACCUGGCCAGCCCAUCCACUCCCCGAGCCGUCUCAGCCUCACCAACAUCCGAGGCUCCGGUAGCAACGGCUACAUCCGCCUCAACUUGAGCACAGCGGGGGAGGAGAGGGCUAGCGGGGCUGGCGCUGGGGGCGGCGGGCUGGGGGGACUAGGCGUGAGCGGGAACGACUACUCGAGCCCCUUCAAGGAGGAGCUGAGGCGCACCCUGCAGCAGAGGAGCGUCCUGCCUGACGCAAACCCAGAGGAGUCGUCCGUGUAGGCGCCUCCUCCGCCGCUACCCAGUUGGAAAAAACAACCGACCUACCUCCCUCCUUUUGAGGACGCCUGCUCUCCGUUCGUGACACGCCGUCGACUCCCAUGCUGUCUCUCCUGUUCCGCCAAUGCCUGUUUGGCACCUGUAGACAUUUCUAGCACACAGCAUGUUGAAACCACGCGUCCGCACUCCGCACUCGGCGACAUGCGCUCCUACGGUUACCGCGUUUUUGGCGACACGCAGUCACGGUUUCUCUGCUUCCACUGUGCGACUGCCACUUGUGUACAUUUUGUAUUUAAAAGAAAAAAAAGGAUGAGGAGAGCGCCUCAAGCAUGGAAGCCCAACAAAAGGGCGGGUUAUUUUUUAUUUUGAGUGGCGCCCCGCCUACAAGGAAACUGGGCGACCUACUGGAAUAUCCAACUGAUUCCUUUGAGACUUUUACUGCACUUAUAAAACUGGAAGCAUGUCUUCCCCUCUUUUUUAUCUACUUGUGAGCCAGGAGGGGGAAGGGAAUUGGGGCGGGACUAUAAAGACUAAUGAAUCUCCAGGCAAGUCGACAAUCAUGUCCCUGUGACAGGAGCUCCUGUGUGGGACAGAAAGGAGAACAGAGACAGGCAAAAAAAAAAAAAAGAUCUGGAGAAAAAGGACACGAAUGAAGGACAAUCUAAAGACUUUGUACCCAGUUUAAAUAUUUUUCCCUCUUCCUAUGUUGUAUUACCGCUUUGAUUUGAUGUGAUAGUUUGAAAUACGAUGUUCCUUGUUGUGCUUUUCUCCCCCCUCUGUCUUACGGAUGACUCCGGGGUUCCCAGAGUUUUGCAAAAACUCCGGCUGACGGGACUCGCUCAGUUCUGCACCCGGUGGGGGGGCGGGGAUUGUCACCGUUUUUUUGGAUGCUCUUCCACCUGCUCGGAAAAACAGAGGCUGUUCGGCGGCGUCAGAAUCCUUGCACAGUUCCAAACUGAAGACGACAUGAAGACAUGAAGGCGCGAAGAAUGUAGUAGAACCCUCAUCGUUGUGACCGCUGUGGAUGUUUCAUUAAGUGCUUUAUGUGUUAUGUUGUCCGUGGGGGGGGGUGGGUACUCGCACUGCCAAGAAGGAAACUACCACACAAACACACACAACAGUACCCGGCAUUUGGGGCACAAUGAUUGUGAUGCACCUUUAACGUCCAUGAACCAACCCCCUUCCUUCCGACUCCCAGAGACUGACCCGGAGCUACUGUGGAUUUAUGCAGUGGAGAAUCCACUGUAACACACACCAACACAACAAGAACACACACACACACAGUUUGGUGGAAGAAUGGACUGAUUGCUGCCAUGCUGAGAAUCGACUUGGUCCAGGCAGGAAGCAGCUGCGGAUCUGAAAAAAACAGAGCAUCCCAUCAGUGGUGGCCUUUGGUGUUUCUGUCCCGCGUGCAGGAGUGGACCGGACCGGAGAAUCCCGCUUGGAGCCCGCCGUGUACAGAGACGGAUGUAGAAUAUCCGAACGACCUGGAGUCCAUCCCAGUGUUGCAUGGACUGCACAUCCUUCUCGUUCAUCGAUGGUUUUCUGACUUUUAUUUCUGGACACUAACGCCGCGCGACAAUAACACAAACAAAACUGUUGAGCGCCUGAUCCCGCCAGACGCCACACCUUCAUUGCUGCAUUUCAACGUCUUUUUCAUGUGCCUCUUCACCCGUUUGGAUAAGCCAAAGUAGACUGCGAUUGCUUUUGUCUCCACUUCUUCAGCUGCUCUUAUUUGACAUGCGGGUCCGAGUCCAUACGGAUGCGCUGAAAUUCCCCCUGCAGCUCAUCUUCCCCUCCAGCAGAGGCCAAAACAAGCUUGAAAUGAAUGGAUCUCUUCUUGUUACAAACUCCUGAAUGAUGCUUUGAUUUUUUUUAGCCCCCCUCUAAACCAAAUACGGAUUUGUUUUCAAGCUAAUUUUGAUUUUUUAAUUUGUUCCCAAAGCAGAGAGCCUAAAACCACAUCAGCUCCUCUCAUUGGUACUCAUGAUGUCUUAAUAUUUGUCCCUGUUCUAACCGCCUCGUGUUUUACUUCAGCACACUGAUAAAGAAAUAUGGAUGUCAAGCUUGAUUUAACUGAAAAUGCACGUUCAGAGAUCUUCAUGUGCAGUUUUUACUGUGUUUGCACACCUGUUUGAUCAUCUUUCUCCCAUUCGAGGCUUUAAGUUCUGCUGUUUUCCUGCAUUAUUGGUUUGUAUGACUCCUGUCUGAUUCUACCCCCCCUCUUGUUUUUGCCCAUCUGUUUUUUAUUUUUUUGUUUUUAAAGUAUGUUAAGUAACUUAUUUCACUUGUACAAACAUGUUGAUAUUUAUUGUCACUGUACAUAUGUCCUUAUUUUUCAUAUGUGUGUGCCCAAACACACAAAUAAAAAUAGAGAUCUACUUUG